AAUUGUCGGGGUAUCAAACAAGCUUUUGGUAGUUUAAGAAAAUAACAUCGUCGUGUAAAUGAUCGAUUAUAAUAUAGAAUAAAGUGUUUUCUUUAAUCAAAAAAUGUAUAAGUUUGAUCAUUUGUGUCCUUGCUACAAGCUUUUAGUAUUACAAAUGGUCUAGCUAGCCAUAAAAAGUCAAAAAAUUGAUAGUUUAAUGUGAUGGCUGAUGGAUCAGAAAAAAAUGUAAUUUAUGUCAUAGUGUGAGUGCGUCUCUAAAGAAAAUCAAGCGUUUGUUAAAGUUUCAGCGAAAAUUUUAGAAAAUUUACGAGCAUUUGGAUUAUCGUUCGAAUCAUGGAUUAUCAUCAACCACCAUCAUUACAACAUAAACAAUUGAAACCAACAAGAAAAUUUAAAUAAAGUGCUUGCAAUAAGCGAUUUGUGAAAAUUGAAAAAAGAAAGAAAGAAAAAUCGCAUAAAUAAUCAGAAAAAACGAAAAGUGAAGAAAAGCAGAAAAAACGAGUAAAAAACUUCCUUUUUCCUUGUAAAAAGGAAGUAAUAAUGAGUGUUUUAGAUGAACUGUUUUAGUGAAAGAAAUAAAAAGCAAUGAAAGAUUUGCGCUCGCGUCGUAAAAUUUAACAGGCUUUAAUGAUUCAAAAAGUGAUUAUUUAUAUGCAUUAGAAAAAAAAUAAUAAUAAUAAUAAUAAGAAAAACAAUAAAAACGAAAAAGAUUAAAAGAAAGAACUCUUCGAGGACAAUUAAUAAAAAGUGACAUUAAGAUAGCGAAAAGAAAAGAGAAACUUUUCUGUAUUCAAAGAAGAAAGCAAAGUGAGAAUUGUUUAAUUUCCAAAGUGACGUAAAUAAAAAAGCCGCAACAACGGAUCCGUCAACGAGCACCGGGCGUCGAUCAGCGUCAACAUCAGCACGGCCAGCAGCCCUGAUUCGCAUACCAUCGCUCCUGUUCGUAGAUAAGUUAUGGAAACAGCCCCAUCAGAACCAAGAAUAAGAGUGGGUCCUCAACAUCAGGCACAAUUGCCAGAUUAUCAGUCAAUAGAAAAUUAUCGUUCAGAAGACGACGAAGCUAGAGACCUCGAGGAUCCACGAUGGCGUCCAAAUGUGUUUCUUGAUAAUGACUUGUUGAUGUAUAUCACGGCCGCUCGAUCCAUAGCCGCAUUUCAAGGAAUGUGCGAAGAGGAUGGUUGUAUCGCUGCAAGUCGUGAUGAUACCACAAUAACUGCAUUUGAUGUGUUACAUGAUUCAGGUUAUGAUCCAGGAAAAGCACUCGAAGCUUUGUUAAAGUGUCCCGUAGCCAAAGGCAUUGAUAAGAAAUGGACGGAGGAGGAAACUAAACGUUUUAUUAAAGGUCUCCGUCAUUUUGGUAAGAAUUUUUUUCGUAUCCACAAAGAUUUUUUGCCUCACAAGCCCACACCGGAGCUGGUAGAGUUCUAUUAUUUGUGGAAGAAGACGCCAGGCGCUAAUAAUAAUCGUCCGCAUCGCCGACGACGCCAAGGCUCGUUAAGACGUAUCCGUAAUACGCGAACAAACAGUAAUACAAGCACGAAAAAGGAACAAACACCGGAACCGCAGGCACCGACCGAGACGGUAACGCCUGCACGUCCAACGUCCAUCUCGAAAGGUGAAGAAAACUCGUCCGUAAGCGAGGACGAGGCCAGUGAAUGUGAUAGUGAUUCAAGUAAUACAAAUAAAGGUUCAACACUGGGUGAAGAUUCACCAUCGAGAAUGAGAACGCGUAAUAAACAAACUGCUAAAGAGCAGAAUUCCAAUAAAAGGCCAAAACGUGGUACAGAAACUCCCGACGCACAAGUCGCUGUCGAAAGUCCACGAACGCCCAAUCGUAACAAUGUCACUGAUGGUAAAAAGAAGCCAUCAAAUAACAACAAAGAGACGCCAAGUAAAGGCAAGAAGCGAGUUAAUGAUGUCGAUAAUGAAGGCGACGAUAAAGAUGGACUUAAAAGAAAGAGAUCUGAUAGUCCCGCUGAAAGUCUCACGACUGACAGUCGUCCCGGUUCGGUAAUGGAUGAAGGUGAAUCAAAUAGUGAUCCACCGGAAAGUAUGAUACUUUUAUCGAAAGAGGCUGAAGAGAAAGAUCCAUUAUCGAUUGCACUGCCCGAAACGCCGUCAUCAGAUACACAAACGAAAGAAGAUCAUGUUGAGAAUGAUCAAAGAUCGCCGUCUGAUGUUGCAACACCUGAUGAUGAAGCUGAUAUUCCAGCUCAAUCUUCAAAAACUGCACCGGACGAAGAAGGUGAUAAGGAAAAGAAACCAGCAGCAGCAAGUGGGGGUGGUGAUCACAAAAUUAAUGAAUCUGAAGCAAAUAACAAGGAAAAUGUGAAAGAGCAAGAAAUGUUAUCGAAACUCGCUAACAUGAAGCAAGAGCUAAGCUCAUCAUCAGCACCAUCGACUGGAGAUGGUGGCGGAGAUUAUCAUUCAAAAGAUUCUUCUGUCUUCAUUAAGAAGGAACCAAAUGAAGAUGUCGGUGUGCAAAUGCUGCAAGAUGCGUCACAAAAUCAAAGUCCAACAGAUUUAAAAGUGAAAUUGGAAGUGAAAAGUGAAGCUGGUAAAAGUGGUGGUGCACCAAGUGAUAACAGCAAUCAAAUGCCAAAUGAACAAGAUAACAAUAACAAUGCAGAGAAUUUAGUGUGUAAGCCUCUUCAAAAGUUCAGUACAGCUGGUGGAUCGUCAUCGACAGAUCGAUCAAUGCCACCAAAGACACCUGAUGAUCGACCUGAAGGCGCUGACUACACAAUGAAGUCAUUUAACGAGCGUGAAGGUGUAAAAAGUGAACAUGGUAAGAACGAGCGAUCACCAGAUGGACAAAAACCUUUUUCGAAUGAAAGAAAUGAAAAUGAAAAUAAAUUUCCAUCAGCUGAACAUGCACCACCAGGAAUGUUGCGUCAUCCUUUCGAUCCAAUGAUGAAAUUUGACCCGAUGAUGAAAUAUGAAAUGCCAGGAAUGGAUUUGAAAUAUCUUCCGCCUGAUCAUCCCGCGAGAGCGUUCGCUGAUGGAGCUCUGAAAAGUCAAUUCUCAGCUGAUAAUCUUAUCAAAGCUGCAGCAGCUGCCGCGGCAGCAGCUUCACAUUAUCCACAAGAUAUGAAAUAUCCAUCAUCAAUUCAACCACCGCCACCCACGUCAUCUUCGUCGGCUAAUGACACACCAAUCGAUGCAUCAUCAAGAAUAACGCCAAAUCAAGACUCACAGGGAAGCAACAGCAAUUCUCAGCCCACGACACUUCCAUCACCAUUGCCACUGACAUCACAGCCAUCACUUGUUCCAUCAUUUGUUGGACAUCCAGGAUUAAAUCUCUCAGGACAUUUACCUGCAAAUCAUCCAUCAUUGAUGACAACGAGUGGUCCACCAAUGGGAGCUUCGUCACUUCCACCAACAUCCGGUUCAUCCCCAUUCUUACCGAUUCAAGGUGGUCUUCAUCGUCCCGAAGCUAUCUCAACAAACUCACGAACUUUUCCAACGUCAACAGCAACGACAUCGACUAACUCAUCAUUAUCGUCAGCAGCUGGAAGUGCUUUUGGACCUGGUCCCGGUAAUCCACUUUAUGCAACAUCGCGAUUGUCAGAGAAUCAUCGUGAUGGACUUCAUCGAACGUCACCACUUGGUCCACUUCUUCAUGGAAGUCCACAUUCGUUACUUACGCAUCCAUUACCAUUGCAUCAUUUGGGACAUCCAGGCAUUGGAUUAAGUCAUCAUCCUGGUCAUUUACCGCCACAUUUACAUAAUCAUUUAAUGCAGCCACUUGGACCUAACACGCCAUUACCAUUAAUUGUUGGACCAUCACCAGCAUCGAUAUCAGCUGAACGUGAGCGACAUUUAAUGCGACAACAAUCACCUCACAUGACACCACCGCCAGUCUCAUCAUCAGCAGCAGCAUCGUCGCUUGUCUCAAGUCCACUUAGUAAAAUGUAUGGACCGUCAAGUUCACAGCCAGGACAACGACCGAAUUCUCCUCCGCCACCACAUUUCAGACCGGGAGCUUCACCGCCUGUUGUUCGACAUCCGACAAUGCCAUUAGCGAUGCCAUUACUUCAAAGUCCAGUGAUGCAUCCAUCGCAAAGUCCUUAUCCGCAUCAUCUCUUACAUCCAUCGAUGUUUUAUGCUACUCACAAUCCAUUCAAUUCGCCUUACCCAUACUCGGCUUAUGGUCCACCACCUGGAGCAUAUUCUUAUAUUAAAGGCGCUGGUCCCUUAGAUGGAGCACUUUUACAGCAUCAUCAUCCUACUAGUAUUCCACCGCCACGUUCUGAUGAGCCACCAUCACCGCAUUCGAAUGGCCCGAAGUCAGUAAGUUCACUUCAUGACAAAAUUAAAUCUCCAGCACCAUCAAAAUCAUCGCAGAAUAAUAAUCAUUCGGGAAGUAAUCCAUCAACUCCAGGCGGUAGUGGUGGUGGUUCUCAUCCUGGUGCUCCAUAUACAUCACCAUAUCCACCAUCACAUCCAUUUAUGGAAAAUACUCUGCCACCUGGUAAAACAAGUCACAUUGAAGCGCUUCGAGCGCAUGCCGCAAGUGCUGCUGGAAUGGGUGGAAGUGGUGGGGGUGGUAUUGGUGGUAGUCAUCAUCAUCAAACAGAACCGGUACAUAUUGAAGCUGUUGAUAUUGAACCAGAUCCUGAACCACCAAGUCCAGUUCAUCCAAUCGAUCGUGGACCGAGUCCAGAGGCUAAACCUGAUGACACUGAAUGUCAUCGUUCGCAAUCGGCAAUAUUUGUUCGUCGAUGUGAUCGUGGUGAUUACAAUUCAUGUACCAGAACCGAUUUGGAAUUUAAGCCAACACCUGAUUCAAAGUUGGCGAGAAAGCGAGAAGAACGUGAUAGAAAGUUAGCUGAAAAGGAACGUGAAAGAAAAGCUCAACAACAAGCACAACAACAACAGCAACAAGUUCAACAACAACAAGCCGCAGCUGCUGCAGCACAACAAAAAUUAAAGCCUGAAAUUAAAAGUCCAUAUCCUGAUACUCCUGCAUUGCGACAACUCAGCGACUUUGCUCGACCUCAUGUCGGUUUCAGUCCCGUGGAACACAUGAUUUCACCUUAUCAUCCGCUCUAUAAUCGUGAGAGAGAAUUUGAUGAGCUGAAGAACUCACAAGGUAUGGGACCACAACCGCAUCCCAAUUGGAUGGACUUUUAUCGAAGAGGCAUUCAUCCACCCCAAUAUCCGCCUUUAUAUCCUGGACUACCGGGUCUAGAACGAGAACGUUUAGGACUUCCACCAGGCCCUCAACAUAGUUUGGAUCCAAAUGAACAAAUGCAGCAGGAAGCACACGCCGCUGGAUUUCAACUUCCACCGAAUGUUCCGCCCUAUCCACGACCGAAUUUAUUGAUGCCUCGCGAUCCACAUUCGGAUGUUCUUCUUCGUAUGACUUAUGCUGAUCAAUUACAGGCCGCUGAAUUCCAAAGACAAUCGGCAGCUUUUGAUCGCGCUCAUUCAAUACAUGAACAAUAUUUUCGACAACAACAACAUGAACGUGAUAAGCUAAGAGCAAUGGAAGAGGCUGCACGAUCAGGAAAACAUUAAUUUUGAUUUGUUUUUCUUGGCUUUACUUUGUUAAGGUAAAUCAUAAGAGACAAGACAAGGAAAUGAAGAAGAAAUGAAAAGGAAUGGAAAACACUUUGUAUUCGACUUUUUAAAAUUGACGCCCCUGGUCAACUGUUGAAAAAUAAACUUUGACAUUAAAUAAGCACAAGCAUUAAAAUAUUUUACAUCUGAAAUAAAGCUGUGCAAACAAAAGCAAACAAAGAAAAGAUAAAAUCAUCAAAUUGAGCACGACUUAAUUUAAGAAUUUAGGUUUAUAAGCUUUAAUUUAAGGAAUUAUAAUUGAAUUGAAGCAAGGAAUUAAAUUUACUUACUUACUUACUUACUUACUCGAUUGUAAAUUGAAGUGGAUGAUUGAAAGUCGCUGAUUUUUAUCCUUCUUCUUAAAACUAAUUUUAAGGGCUUCUCUCAUCAUUAGAAAUGUUUUUUAAAUAUAAUUUCUGUUUGUGAUUGUAGCCUUUACUAACUUAAAUUACUCAUUAUACUUUCUUGCUAGUAAAAACAAUUUUUUAAAUGCAUAAAUUGACUCGCUUUUAGGUUUCCUUCCUCCCCCAAUUAUACUUAUUACGAUGUAGGUACCACAGACUGUAUAGUAACAAUUUUUUAGUUCAAUUUCAAUGUAGAAUUUAGUUUUGAAUGUAUUAUUGAUAUUCGAAUCCUUCGAAUUGACAUUAAAUGAAAAUUUUCUCGCUCAUUUCAAUAAAAAUGCUUAUCGACUAGUGCACGUUUUUUAUAACAAUUUGAUUGAAGAUUGAUGACAUACAUCGUCUAUUGUUUGUCUCAUUUCAUUUCUUAUUUUCUAUAUAUAAUAAGAAACAAAAGUAUUCCAAUAUAAGUAACACAGCGAGAAAGAUUGCUAAACUAAUAAGGCUUCAAGUUCCGUAUGUUUUCAUUUCUUAAGUUUUAUGCGAUGCUAGGUUUUAAUUGACUUCAUUUUUGUUUUUUUUCACUUACACUCACGCAUUAGAAACAAGAAAAACAAAAAAAUGGAAUAAAAAAAAUUGUAGCGAACUUUAACAGUAAAAAAUAAGUAAGCGAAAGAUGAUUUUUAAAUUGAUAAUCAAUGAGAGUGUCGAAUGCAUAAAGAAAGAAAGGAAGAAAGAAAGAAAACUUUGUAUUAUUGGUAGUAGAAUAAAUCUCUUUUAUAGCAAUUAAGUGUAGAUUGAACAGUUUAGAGAAGUAAUCAUUUUUCCGUAAAUUUGUACACAAGAAUAUUGAAAAUCUUUUGAAGGAAAACACUUCAAAAUGAUAACGUAAACAAAAGAACAAGGAAGACGUAGUAUUCGAGAGGAAAACUGAUAAAAAGUUUAAUAUUUACUUAUAAAUAAAUAAAUAAAUAUUCAAGGAAAUCAUAUUAAAAAAUUGAUACACAAAAUCUCUAGAAGUUAAGAAUUACCUAUAAAAAAAGAUAAAAACAUAUUUUUUGUAGAAAUCAACUAAUGAUAAACAUAACAAUUGCAUAAUAUCAAAGAAAUGAUUGAAGAAAUAACUUAAUGAAAAUACUUUUAAUUAUAUCGUGCUAAAUGUAAAUGAAUCCGAAUAUGGAAAUCAUUUUUGAAUUGAUGAACAGCGAAGGUUGUCUUUUAUAUGGCUGCGAAAACAAACUUCACGAGAGCACAGUUCGCAUUAAAAUUUAAAGACAACCAUUUGCACCAGUUAUGGUUUAACUUAUGUUCGUUCUCGACACACAAGAAAGAUCAUUAACAUUAAUUACAAUUAUUUAUUUAUACAUAAUGAAAAAUGAAUUGUAAGCGAUAAAUUUAAUUGCUGAUAAACACACAUACACACAGAAACACAUGAAAGAAGAAAUUCUUAUAUCAGAGAUAAAAGAAAGCAUUAAAAAUAAAAAUCAAUUGAAUUAGAAAUGAAAUAUUUUGCUUUUUUCUUUGAAUUAUCGUAAAGAUUAACUUCUUUAGAUAAAUAUUCUGAAAUCGAUCAGGUAAGAAAUACGAAAAAAUCUACAAAAUGUUGUAAUUUAGGAUAAAGAAGUUUUUUUAUUUUCAAUUUUGUUUUUCUUUGACGAGCUUUGAAUCUCAUAUGAUGAUUUUUGUAGAAUGGAAACGUUGAGAAGUGAUGAUGACUGCUUCUGUUAUUCAAUUGUUUCUUAAAUUAUGCGAUGAUAAUUUUAAGUUCUCGUUUUGAACUGAUACAGUUGUUUAAUUAGAUUUUUUCUGUGGUUUCUGUGCAAGUAGUUCGUAUUUUGCCUUUGACUUGAACCAUAAACUGAAUGGAAUUGCUACUGUUGGCAGACACAUGAUAACAAAUGCUAUCCAAUCAAUAAAAUGUGAUGAGAAUUGCUUGUUGAAUUGAGCCAAGUUUAUGAUUCCUCCUUCACCUGGUUCAGAACUUGCAGCAUAUUGAAGUGCUGGAUUUGAUUCAACUGGACGAUAGCUAACUUCGGCAGCUGUAAAGUUGAAAUAGCCAUGAGCCAAAGGACGAACGACAACAACGUGAGUAACAUUGGUUUGUGGAGCUAUUCUAUCGAUAGAAGCCUCUAAUUUUCCACUAACAAGAUCAAAUGCUUCAGCAGGGAAUCCUUGAUCGACAAGAUUCACAUGUGUAGCUGCUCCGUUUCCAACGUUGAAUAAAUUGUAUUUUACAAGGACAUCACGUUGCUCUACGAGAUAUUUGUUGAGAAUUUGUUUUGAAACCAGUAAACGAGCUCGUGUUUCUUCUCCUGGCUCUGAUGUUGCAGCCAUCACAGUAGAAACAAAGAGAAUGCAGGCAAAGAACUUCAUAGUGGAACUAAUCUUUUUAAAUAAUUUUCUACGUACUUAUUCAGAUAAAUGAAUUAAUGUUACAAGUUUUGUAGUACGAUGUAUUGUGAAAGUUCCAACGCAAAGUCGUGUUGGCAAAGCGACGCUUUAA